AUGGGUAUCUUUAACAGAGCUCCACGAGAUGGCACACACACCACCACAACAACAAGAACAUCUCAUCGUGCCUCAACUCAUCAUGAAAAACGAGCACCAGCGACGAUGAACAUGUCUUCCAGACCAUCCUUCGGCCAGUGGUUGAAGGUUACAUGGCUAGAUAUUGUUACCAUGGCUGCAAUGGGAGCGGUAGGUCUUGGUGUCUACACAGCCCACCCAGCACCAUCACGUUCCUUCCCCGUCUACUUCCAAGAUGGUGAAAUCGUCUACCCUCAAUUCGCCUACCCGCUCCGCAACGAAAUCAUACCCAUCUGGGCGGCCGCUCUCAUGGCAGCACUCAUCCCCAUCGCCGUCUUCCUCUUCUGUCAAAUCCGCAUUCGUUCAUUCUGGGAUGUGAAUAACGCAGUCAUCGGCCUUCUAUACUCGCUCAUCACCGCCGCCGUCUUUCAAGUCUUCCUCAAAUGGCUGAUCGGAGGUCUGCGCCCACAUUUCCUCGCUGUGUGCAAACCAAACGUCCCUGUUACCGGCGAGGCAAUCGGAAACGGUCUGCGCCAAAUAAUGUAUGAUCGUACGAUCUGUACCGGAGAUGAAUCUCAGAUCGAUGACUCCCUCGAAUCAUUCCCCUCCGGUCAUUCUACCGCCGCAUUCGCAGGUUUCGUGUUUCUCUCCCUCUACCUCAACGCCAAGUUGAAGUGUUUCUCGAACUACCAUCCCGCGAUGUGGAAACUCCUCGCUGUUUACGCUCCAAUCUUAGGUGCUACUCUAAUCGCAGGCGCACUCACCAUAGACGAGUUCCAUAACUGGUAUGAUUGUCUGGCCGGUGCUAUCAUCGGCACGAUCAUGGCAUUCUCGGCCUACCGUAUGGUCUACGCUGCUAUCUGGGAUUGGAGAGUUAACCACAUUCCUUUGAACCGUGGUGUUCCAUUUUCAGGACGUGCUGGCGGAUAUGAGCUUGAGGAUUCUACGUUUACACGAAAAGCUGGUUGGGGAACGGGACAUGGACAUUUGGGUGGACACCGGGAGGGUAUGGAGAUGCACGAUGGGAGUGCUUUCGGUCAUGGACGCAAUUCGUCGACGCCAGUUCGGAAACCAGUUGGUGGACAUAUGCACCAUGGACGUGGUGGGUCGGUGGAUAUGGUUUAA